AUGGCCUCGGCGGGCGGCGAGGCCGUCAGCGGGGCCCAGCUCGUGGCCGAGGCCCUCAAGGCUCAGAAUAUUGAAUACAUGUUUGGCAUUGUUGGCAUUCCCAUCACUGAAAUUGCAAUUGCAGCCCAGGCCRUUGGAAUAAAAUACAUAGGAAUGAGAAAUGAACAAGCUGCCUGUUAUGCAGCCUCUGCUGUUGGAUAUUUGACGGGCAGACCAGGAGUAUGUCUUGUGGUGUCCGGUCCAGGUUUUUUACACGCCCUUGGUGGGAUGGCAAAUGCAAACCUGAACUGCUGGCCUUUGCUUGUUAUUGGAGGCUCUUCUGACAGGAAUCAGGAAACCAUGGGAGCUUUCCAAGAAUUCCCACAGGUUGAAGCUGGUAGGCUGUACAACAAAUUAACUGUCCGUCCAAGCAGCCUAGAAGUUAUUCCUGCUGUUAUUGAAAAGGCCGUGAGGACCAGCAUAUAUGGUCGUCCAGGUUCCUGCUACAUUGACAUACCUGGGGAUUUUGUAAAUCUUCAGGUGAAUAAGAGCUCUGUCAAGUACGUGGGAUGCUGCCUGCCUCCUCCCCUCAGCAUGGCCGAGCAGUCCGCAGUGUCCGAAGCAGCGUCUGUCCUUGCUCAGGCUGAGCAGCCUCUCUUGGUCAUCGGCAAAGGUGCUGCUUAUUCACGUGCUGAGAACAACAUCCGAAAGCUGGUGGACCUUUGUGGGCUGCCUUUCUUGCCCACACCUAUGGGGAAAGGAGUGGUGCCUGAUAACCAUCCCAACUGCGUGGCUGCAGCAAGAUCCACGGCAUUACAGCAUGCUGAUGUAAUCAUAUUACUUGGUGCCAGGUUGAACUGGAUUUUGCACUUUGGCCUUCCACCAAGGUUUCGGCAAGACGUAAAAGUUAUUCAGAUUGAUAUUUGUGCAGAAGAACUGGGGAAUAAUGUGAGGCCAGCUGCAAGUUUAUUAGGUGACAUAAACACCGUGACUAAGCAGCUUUUAGAAGAAUUCAGCAAAAGACGAUGGAAGUAUCCAUCCAGUUCACAGUGGUGGAAGAAGCUAAGAGAGAAAAUAAUGAGCAAUGAAGAAAAGUCAAAGGAAUUAGAACUACAGAACUCACUGCCUAUGAACUAUUACACGGUCUUCCGCCACAUCAGGGAUCUGAUACCCAGGGACUGCAUUUUGGUGAGCGAGGGGGCAAACACCAUGGACAUCGGCCGCACCGCGCUCCCCAACCACCAGCCCCGGCAAAGACUUGAUGCAGGUACAUUUGGUACGAUGGGAGUCGGACUGGGUUUUGCUAUAGCUGCUGCAGUGGUGGCUAAAGACAGAACACCUGAAAAACGAGUGGUCUGCAUAGAGGGUGACAGUGCUUUUGGAUUUUCUGGCAUGGAAUUGGAAACUAUUUGCAGAUACAAUUUACCAAUCCUGAUUAUUGUAGUGAACAACAAUGGGAUUUACACUGGUUUGGAUGCAGAUACCUGGAGUGAGAUGUUAAAGUCUGGAGAUCCUGCUACAUGCGCUCCCCCUGUUUCUCUGCUGCCAAACUCGCACUACGAGCGAGUGAUGUCCGCCUUUGGAGGGCRAGGGCACUUCGUCACGACGCCGGAGGAGCUGCGGAGCGCGCUGAGGGCCAGCGUGGCGGACAGGCGCGCGCCUGCCCUUAUAAACGUCAUGAUCGAUCCGCGCUCCCAGAGGAAGAAGCAGGAAUUUCCCUGGCUGACUCGUUCUAACCUGUAAUGGAAGAUGGAGAGUGGUGCUGCAAAGCGCGAUGCAUUAAGCAAAACUAAAGCCAUUCCCAGGAGUGGAACUGGUACAGAUGUCUUUCUAUAAACAGUGAAACAAAUUAGGAUCUUAAUCUCAGCAUUUAAAGAUUAUUCUAAUAUCAGCAGUCGUAAAAAGAACGAGGUGCUUUUGAAUGUAUACCAGRCUUUCUAGCAGAGUGCACAGGGAAGUGGAUUCUUGAACCUUUUAAAGUAAGAUCCAUAGGAGGGGUAAGAAGUACAAAAAGCUACAACCCUUAUAAUGAAUUCAGUUCACAAAGGGGUGAAAGCCUGUGGAGCAGGCAGCGCUUCUGUGGUCUGUGGGGGUUCUCUGGAAGAAAUUCAGAGUGAAAACACACAUUGAAUCUUGUCACAGAUUUUACUGGUUUCAUUCUUUUUAACAAUGAAUGAAUUAUUUUUAAUAAGAUGCAGUGAUUAGACACAAAACACUCUAGUGAUAUAAAAUGACCAUAAAAGAUGAUGUUGGUGCUGACCAAAGGGGAGAUCAUU